UAUAAACUCAUCGUCAUAUGACCAAGAUGAUGACCUUGAAAGAUCUAAACAAAACAAUCCUCUUGAUUGGUAUACCAUCCAAAGCAUCACUUCAGCUGUUAAACAAUUAAUUUCUAUAAAUAAUAUUUCUACUGGACAUUCUGAUAUAAAAUAUGAUAUAAGAUAUACCUUUGAUUCUGAUGAAAAGAAAUUUGUAGCCUUCCAACGAUUGGCUCAAGAUGCUGUAACACUCGAUAUAGAAGGUCCAACAGAUGACUCGUACCUAUUUCCACCACUUAAAAAUCCAUAUCCCGAAGGUGAUGCACUGCUUAAAUUAAAGAUGACCAAAAUUCUUGGAACUGAAAUUCAUAACUAUCAUCAACCUGCUGAAACAAAAACAAGUUUGGAUAAUAAUAUAAUCCAAAAAAAUUUUAUGAAUUCGCGGGAUAAUACGGAAUGGUACGAAUGGGUAGAAUUAAGAGACAUUGCAUCCGGAUUUAUGACUAAAUAUAAUUUAGAAAAGUAUAGAUACUCUGAAGAACAAAUAGAAUAUCAUUAUACUCAUAAUUUGAAAUUGUUACAAGAUUUAUGUAAAAAGAUUUCUUAA